AUGCUCUUGUUUUUCCUCUUUUUGGUCUCUCAGAGCUUUGGAUUAUCGUCAAUUAAUGCGCUAAAGAAAUCAAACUGCACUUGGGCUGACGUUGAGAAUCGAGUGUCCUGGAAAGAGACAGGGCGGGUGAAUCAUUGCCAAACAUGCAGAUGCAUUGAUAUUCAGGAUUCGAUUUAUUUAGAUUGCCAGAGUGCCCUACGACCUACUGCCUGGCCUGCUGAGUGCGUGCCUAAACAAAAAGGAUGCAGAACAAUUCUCGUAGAACGAAAGAACCCAAAAAAACGCUGCCCUGUGUUGGCCUACACCUCUUACCGCCAUCUUCUCUGGGUUGCUGAUCGGCCUGAACCGGACUACACUUACGAACAGAACGAUUUUGAAGGAAGCGCAACAGAAGUUGUUUUUUGA